AUGCAUCAUUCACAUAGUACAGAAAGUGCACAACUCACGGAAGAAGAUAAUGAUGAUGAUGAUGAUGAUGAUGAUGAUGAUGAUGAUGAUGAUGAUGAUGAUGAUGAUGAUGAUGAUGAUGAUGAUGAUGAUGAUGAUGAUGAUGAUGAUGAUGAUGAUGAUGAUGAUGAUGAUGAUGAUGAUGAUGAUGAUGAUGAUGAUGAUGAUGAUGAUGAUGAUGAUGAUGAUGAUGAUGAUGAUGAUGAUGAUGAUGAUGAUGAUGAUGAUGAUGAUGAUGAUGAUGAUGAUGAUGAUGAUGAUGAUGAUGAUGAUGAUGAUGAUAUUCGGGCUCAACGAAUUCACACAAACCCUUAA